AGAUUCAUCCGGGAAGAUUCUGGGAAGAUUCCGGGAAGUUUCUCCCUUCUUAGUAUUCACGUGGAUCCAUGUACAUAAAGACGACAACGACACGCACGAAUGAAUGGGAUGACGCUUCUGCUCAUCACUCAUCACAUUCGUCGUCGUCGUCGUCGUCAUCGUGGUCGUCGUUUUUGUUUCUGUCUUCGUUGUUGAUGUUGUCGAAGGGAAAAUAACCACAGUUGGUAUCUUUUUCAAUGGAAGUUCCUCUCCACCUCUCUUCAAAUGGAAGUUCUUCUAUCCGAACAGGACUGGGAUGGUUAAGAAAACCUCUCUUCAUCAUUUUGGCAAGGUCGAAGACGACAACGACACGCACGAAUGGGAUGACGCUUUGCCACCAGGUGCAGCUGUAGCGAGUGAUCCAGCGCUAGCAUUAAGACUACAACCGCAGAUGGUGGACACUCCAAACCACCAUCCAUGGCCGUUUUUCCAAGGGAAAAUAACCACAGUUGGUAUCUUCUUCAAGGUAGUAGAAAGAGAAGGCAGGGAGAUUUUAUCUACCGUCGUACGAUAGCCUUAAACUUUCGAUAACAGGCUUUCUCCCACAUCAACCAAAAAAAGUGAGGGAGAGGAAUCCUCUCAAAGGCCUCAACAAAGACUCGAUAUCUCUUCCAAUAAGGGCGCAGUUUGCCUCCAGCGACGCUAAAAAGAAUAAGGUCAAGAAAGUACUGGG